CAGGCCGUCCCGUAACCGGGGACACAUGACCCAUGGCUGCCUCACUCGUCUGGAGGAGCACAUCCAUGUUGAGCCUACAGCCGUGUUUUAUUUUAAUCAAAGAAUCAAGUUUAUCCUCAAGCACCUCAGACAAAGGGGAGACGAAGAGCCAACUCAAACUCCAAGACCCAAAGACAACAGGCUCGGACAACAGAUUGACCACGAAUCUGAAAACACCCCCCCACCGAGGACACUAGGCUGCCAGUAGACACAUGCAGACAACACAGGGGAGGGCUCUAUUGGAGCGGCUCUACUUCUUCAAUCCAAACCAUCCUUGAACACAAGGCAGCCCAGGGGACCACUGACGUCCUCAUCCAUCCGUUGUGUCUGUGUCCUUGUACAGCCUACUGCCGCUCUAACGCCCACUUCUAAUACAUAAGGGAUGUUUUUCCCUUGGGUAAUCUUCGGAGAGAGAACGGUCAUCGCGUUUCUCCUUUCUCCAUGAAGACCAUGGCCUGUCAUUACGACUCAUGCGUCACCAGAGACCAAAAAGGUCAUUGCUGGAAGGGAAACUACUUCAAUAUCAGCAUCAUCUAAACAUUUAAGAACUUUGUGAAAAUCACAUAAACACAGUGCAUCACAACUGAAAUGGUUAAAGUCUAUUCUGUGAAUUUGGCCUUCUUAGUAUAAGGCCACAUUACAGCACUAAGGACAUAUAAUACUAAGGACUGUAACAGUCGGAGGACCCUCGUUGUUGUGCUACGAUCCACCUCCUACUCUAUGUGGGUGAAGAACCUUUCCUCCUCUUCUCGGUAUGAAUCACGCCACGGUAGCCACGAAGACCCUGUGGGCCAAUCAGUCCGACUGCCAAGAGGUCCAUCUGCCAGUGUCCCUCUUUUUCACCAUGGGGGUGGUGAGUCUGAUGGAGAACUUGCUGGUGGUGGUGGCCGUGGUGUACAACCGCAACCUCCACUCGCCCAUGUACUGCUUCAUCUGCAGCCUGGCGGCCUUCAACACCAUCGCCAGCCUCACCAAGACGGUGGAGAACAUGAUGCUGGUGUUUGCGGACGGAGGACUCGUCGACCAGCAGGGCUCCUCGGCGAGGAAGAUGGACGACGUGAUCGACUCCCUGCUGUGCAUGUCGUUUGUGGGCUCCAUCUUCAGCUUCCUGGCCAUCGCGCUGGACCGCUACCUCACUAUCUUCCACGCGCUCCGCUAUCACAACAUCAUGACUAUGCGGCGGGCGGCCGCCAUCUUGGCCUUCAUCUGGACGACGUGCGGCGUGUCGGCCAUGCUCAUGGUGCGCUUUUUCGACACUGCCUUCAUCAAGACCUUCUUCAUAGCCGUCUUCGCCAUCUCCUUGCUGCUCAUCAUCUUCCUCUACGUCUACAUGUUCUUGCUGGCACGUAGCCACGCCAGAAAGAUCGCCGCUUACACCCCUAGCGUGAAGCGCCAGAGACACUGUUGGAGCGGCGGCAGCAUGAGAGGCGCGGUGACGCUCACCAUCCUGUUCGGGUCCUUCAUGGUGUGCUGGGCGCCGUUCUUCUUCCACCUCAUCCUCAUCAUGACGUGCCACGCCAACCCGUACUGCGAGUGCUACCGCUCGCUGUUCCAGCUGCACGUGGCGCUGCUGAUGAGCCACGCCCUCAUCGACCCCGCCAUCUAUGCCUUCCGCAGCGCCGAGCUCAGACACACCUUCCGGAAGAUGCUCUUCUGCUCGGAAUGGUGGUGGUGCUCCCAGUAGAACUACCGUUUGCUCCAAGAAUAUAAACUUAUUUUUUAUCGUUUUGUCAUUUCACUUUUAAUACAAUGUAUUUUACUGUGAGUCUAUAUAUAAAUAUAGCAAAUAUACUUAAGAUGUAGAGAAAUAUUAUAGUUUCCAAAAAGUCUAAAGGCAAAAAGGGCAUUUAUAGCCCGUUUAGCCAACAUUUAUAGCCUGUUCGAUUCAUUACAUCCAUAUAAGAUGUUUUCUACUCACUGUUUGUGAUCGUCGAUUCUUGUGUUUUGAAGACGUGGGAUGGCGAUAAUGUCAGAUGACGUAAUUUAUUGUGUUUGUGUUGAAAAACUGUGGAAAUCAAAGGUUUCCACAACUUAUUUUUUAAAUAAAAAUAGUCCCUUUCUAGGUUCCAAACAAAAGUUUAAUAAUAGUCAAAAUGAUAACAAAACUAUGCAAAACAGGUGAUUAAGGUGAUGAUCCACACCUCUGUCUGUAAUUACU